CGCUUUCUUCAGCCAAUUGUUUUGCUCUACACGCCGUUAGCCUUUUAGGUCUAUUGCCUGCCCUUUCGGUUGCCCUCUCUUUCACCAUCACUCUUCGACCUUUUCUUUCCUGACUCGUACUGUCCUCGUCCUCUGCACCGCGCAGCCUGCUCACUCUGCUCAUUCCGCAUGUGAGCGAUCCCACUCAAAGUGCUGCCGUAGCACUAGGGCGGUCCUUUCAACCUCAGACUGCCACUUACAACACGAGGCUACCCGCAUCCACUCGUUCCCUCUCUCUCGGUCUCGACCAGAUUUCAAUCUCAACCCUCUUUUAAUUCUUCAUCAAUAUCCUCUCGGCCUCGAUUUGCCACGGCUUGCGUAUUGUGCGGCUCACUGCUGGGCCGAUAUACCGACAAUUCAAUAUUUGAAUCAGCACUGGUCAGACCACAUAUACUGGCACAGUCAUGGUCGCUCCACCGUCAACUGGUGGUGUCGCACCUGCGACUGCGGCCGCGAAAGCAUCGUCUGCCACUCGGAUGAACGGUGCCGCUCCUAGCAUGGCCACCCCGGCCUUUCCCUACAGUGCUCGACACGCUCCACCUCUCGAUCUGCGCACUGUCGAGCGCAAAGGCGAUCCUGCGAGUCGUGAUCCUCUCGCAAGAUCAAGACCAUAUGGGCUUCUCGAAGCGCCUACCUAUAGACCGACCGAAGCCGAGUUUCGUGACCCUAUGGAAUACAUCCGAAGCAUAGCGCCAAAUGCUAGCAAAUUUGGUCUCUGCAAGAUUAUCCCUCCAGAGUCUUGGAAUCCAGAUUUCGCUAUCGAUACAGAGCGCUUCCACUUCCGCACUCGACGGCAAGAGAUCAACCUUGUCGAAGGAGGAAAUCGAACAAACCUCAACUACCUGGACCAGCUUGCCAAAUUCCAUAAGCAGUACGGUCAACAUCUCAACCGCUUUCCUAGUGUCGAUAAGCGUCCACUCGACUUGUUUAAGCUCAAGAAAGCUGUCGAAGUCAGAGGCGGUUUCGAAAGAGUCUGCAAAGAUAAGAAAUGGGCGGAAAUUGGGAGAGACCUGGGUUACAGUGGGAAGAUCAUGUCGUCUUUGUCUACUUCUCUCAAAAAUUCCUACCAGAGAUGGCUACAUCCCUACGAAGAGUGGCUGAAGUAUGCCAAACCAGGAGUUCAGCAGCAAAUGGAGAACGAACAAGGAGGAUCGUACUCACCGUCUGUCGGUCCUCACCAAUCACCAAUCACCCAUCCACCACCGCCACCUCAAUCGGCUCCUCCUGCCGUGGGGAUGGGAGAACCCAGCCAGUUCGCCGCCACACCUCAGAAUGGUCCCAUGCACGUCACUCCUGCUCCUAUGCGACAGCCUGCACCAAUGCCACCCGCUGCUCCAACACCUCAAACACGACCAGUCUCGGCGUCUGGCUUUACAGCCGUAAAUAGUGGGUUUGCCGCCGUGAACAGUCCUUCAGGGUUCACGGCUGUCAACACUCUGCCGCCUCCUAUCGUGAAAAGUGAAGUGAAUGGUGCCACACUACCGGCUCCAAGUCAGGCCCAAUCUUUCAUGCCGGUCAACGUACCUACAGUGACGACAGUGUCCACUGGCAGUCCGGUUCCGAACGGAGCUCCCAAUCCACUGAAGAGGACAAUGAGUCAUGAUAGUCUCAAUGGCGAAUCUGGAUCUGAGGGUAUGCAUGGCGACCAAGAUGGACCCAACGGCAGAAGGAGCAAGAGACCCAAAAAGGACGGACUUCCUACCAUCCCAGGAAAUCAUAUACCUGCAAUGCGCUCUUCUACGCCCCAAGUUCGUUCCAAAUCGACUCCCCGCAGACACGGAGACAAAUGCGAAAAGUGCGGAAAGCCAGAGCACAAAGAAAGCAUAUUGGUCUGCGACAGCUGUGAUCUGGGCUACCAUAUGAAUUGUAUUGAGCCUCCACUGAGUCUGGCCCCUGAAGAAUGGCAUUGUCCAAAGUGCUUGGUUGGCACCAACGAUUACGGCUUUGAAGAAGGCAGUGUAUACUCUCUGAAGCAAUUUCAAGACAAGGCGAACAGCUUCAAGGAUCAUUAUUUUGCUGCUCGUAUGCCGUUCGACCCUGUCACCAAUACCCAGAGACGGCCUACAGAAGACGAUAUCGAGCGGGAGUUCUGGAGACUUGUUGAAGAUAUUACCGAGUCGGUCGAAGUCGAGUACGGGGCCGACAUCCAUUCUACUACUCAUGGUAGCGGGUUUCCAACGGUUGAAAAGCAGCCUCUAAACUCGUACUCGAAAGAUCCUUGGAACCUCAACGUCAUGCCAUUCCUCGAAGACUCGCUCUUCAGGCACAUCAAAGGUGACAUUUCUGGGAUGACAGUUCCUUGGCUCUAUGUGGGCAUGUGCUUUUCAACGUUCUGUUGGCACAACGAGGAUCACUAUGCAUAUUCUGCAAAUUAUCAACAUUUCGGUGCCACCAAGACUUGGUACGGCAUACCUGGCAGUCAUGCGCUCCGCUUCGAAGAAGCCAUGCGUAAGGCAGUCCCCGAGUUGUUUGAGACGCAACCAGAUCUGCUCUUCCAGCUCGUCACCAUUCUGCCACCCAACCAACUCAGGAAGGCCGGCGUAGAUGUCUAUGCAUGUGAUCAACGUGCAGGUCAGUUUGUCAUAACGUUUCCUCAAGCAUACCAUGCCGGCUUCAACCACGGAUUCAACUUCAAUGAGGCUGUCAAUUUCGCUCCAGCCGACUGGGAGCCAUUCGGCGAACUGGGAGUUCAGCGACUGCAAGAAUUCCGCCGUCAACCAUGCUUCUGCCAUGAUGAGCUGCUCUUUACAGCCGCACAUUCAGAUCCUACGAUCAAGACCGCCAAGUGGCUAGGUCCAGCUUUGGAGAGAACCCUAGAUCGAGAGUUGGUCGAACGCACAAAUUUCAUCAAUACCCACAAGACGCUUUGUCCUCACGAUGAUUGCGCUUUUGAUACGUUGGCUCCAGAACCCUCUGAGGCCUGCGGUCUCAUCAUCAAAAUUGACAACUCCGACUUGGAAGAGGAGGAGUACCAGUGCUGUUACUGUAAAGCCUUCUCCUACCUUUCACAAUUCCGUUGUCACCGCAGUGGCAAGAUUGCAUGCUUGUUGCAUCCAUUACGAGCGGAGUGUUGCUCGGAUACCGACCAUGAGAGAACGCGAGGUCACAAUCAUAGCUUGGUACUACGCUAUACGAAUCAAGAGCUAAGAAAUAUCGUUCAAAAAGUCGUGGACAAGGCCAAUGUGCCGGAAACGUGGGAGACCAAAUUGGAGUCCUUACUUGCGGAAGAUGCUCGACCGUCGCUGAAGGCAAUGCAUAGUCUGUUGAGCGAGGGAGAAAAGAUACCAUUUGCUUUGAAUGGACUGGAUGAUCUUGCCGAGUUCGUCAAACGAUGCGACCAGUGGGUGGAUGAAGCAAAUCUUUACCUUACCCGGAAACAGCAAAAUAGGCGUAAGAACGAAAAGGUGUGGCGCCGCUCCUCCCUGCGGACGGGCAAAGGCGAGGAGAAAGACGGCGAACAGCAACUCACCCUGGAGCGGAUGAAAGAACUGAUCGAAGCUGGCGAGCAGCUGGGCUUCAGCACUCCCCAGCUCGAGAACCUGCAAGAGAAGGUAACACUCAUUGAUGACUGGCGUGCGAACGCUAGGCGCAUUGUGUCAGGUCUCAGCCAACCCGGGCUCGAAGAGUUGGAGGCGCUUCUCGAGGAAGGCCGGGGUUUCUCUGCAUCCAUGCCAGAGCUGACCAGUCUCGAAAAGAUCCAUGCCCGGACUCAAUGGCUCGAUGAGGCUCGCCAAGUCCGCAAAGAUGUCCACUGCAAGACAUUGGACGAAUGCCGGAAACUCUUGGAGCGCCUUGAAGAAUUGGACAUUUCGCCUCAAGUGCCCGAGGCGGCCUAUUUGAAGGAAGUCGUCGGGCAUGCUGAAUUCUGGGAGACCAAAGCAAGAGAACUUAUGGCCGCUGAAGAUGUCCAUUAUCCACAACUGGAGUCAUUGCAUUCGCAAGUUACGAACCAGGCGUUCCCCGUCAACAAAGACAUCAUGGAGCGGAUGGACCAGAUAUUGGCUAAGAACCGCGAGGCUAAGCGCCAGAUCAUCACGUUGGUCGAGCGUAGCCAUGAUUCGGACUUCCGUAAGCGGCCAAUGUAUGCUCAUGUGCGUGACGUGGUGAAGAGUUUUGAGGAUCUCAAUGGCAAACCUCACGGUGCAGCUGACCUGGAAAAAGAGCUCAGGAGGCACGAAGAUUGGAUGAGGAAAGGCAAGAAAUUGUUCGGCAAGGCUAAUGCUCCUCUCCACAUCCUUGAACAGCACAUGAAAUUCGUGGAGGAGAAGAACAGUUUUUGUUUCGACCUCAAUGACACCUUCCGGCCUCCUGUUGAGCCUGCAUCAAGAGAAGCUAGCCCGGCCGAUGGUCGCGAGAAAGGACAUUUGGGCGAAGACGAGAAGCCAGUCUUUUGUAUCUGUCGACAACCGGAAGCAGGUUUGAUGAUUGAAUGUGAGAUCUGUCAUGAUUGGUAUCACGCGAAAUGCCUUAAACUUGCGCGCGGCAAGGUCAAGGAAUGCGAGAUGUUUACUUGUCCUAUUUGCGAUUGGCGUGUCAAAAUCCCGCGAGACGCUGCACGACCGAAACUCGAAGACCUUCAGAGCUGGCAGGAGGAGAUCCUGGAGCUACCAUUCCAACCGGAAGAAGAAGAUUUACUUAGGCGCAUUGUCGAUAAAGCCCAGUCUUUCCGUGACUUCCUCAGUCAAUACACGAAUGGUAAUGCUCUGUGCAGGACCAUUGACGAAAUGCCGGAGAUGUUGUUCUAUUUGCGCAAAAUCGAGGGCGCCGAAGUCCUCCUGGCAUAUGAGACGAAUCUGUUCCGACAAGAAUUGCACAAGUGGCAACCUAUUGCUCCUGAGCCACCGCCGAUCCUGGAUCAGAGCUUGUCAACAAGAAAGCCACGACCUACUAAGCAGCAAAAAUUGAUGAAAGAGCUUGGUGUGGAAAAGCCCGAGGAUCUUCCUCCGCAUCUCAGGACCAAGACCUACGUACGUAGAAAGACUCAGGAAUCGUUCAUGACCGGCCCACUCCUGCCCAAGCCAUCGACACAAUCACCCUCUGCCCCGGGGUCGGCAACAAGCCCGAGCCAGAGCCAAUCAGCAGGAAAUGCUGAGACUCCUGGUACUGGUCAGAGACAAGGAUCUACUGGGACCGCGGGACCAAGCGGAACGAUUGAACCAGGCUUUAUUGCUGGGUCCGUUUCGUACGGCAAUGCUUUUGGAGGUGACCGACCUGCAUCUUUCCCACCCAACACACCGUCACCAAUGUUCAGUCCGACUCGAGAACAGCCACCACAAGUACUGAAAGAUGCCAUGAUGCCAACCUUCGCUGGCGACACGGCUGGAGAUGCCGGAACCCAUGACCCGUCGUUCCCUUUGUUCAGACCCAAUACUGGCCUUGACCCAGACGAUGAUCUUCGGAAUGGCCUUGCGAAUGCAUCACCACACGAUACGAACUCUGGCAGAGGUGGAUCGCUUCCCGGUGUCGAGUACGACAAUAUGUUCCUGGAUAUGACGCAUCAAGAUGGUGAAGGCAACAACGAUGCGGUACCUAGUUUAGAGCACGAGACUAGCCAUGCCAGCGAAGCAUUGGACUUGAUUCGAACUGCCAGCAACGAUUCUGUGAACGACACUGCGGAAUUGGAGGAUGGAGACAACGUCUCGAAGCACUUUGACGACUUUCUGAAUGGAGACGAGCAGAAUUAGUGAUUCUAAACUCUGGCUUUGGCGUUACGGUUGGGAAGGGGGAAAGAUACAUACCGAUGUUAUGAAUACCCCAGUCCUUGAUGAGAUACGGAGAGUGUGGCAGCGGCGCAUGGAAUGCGUGGUAGGGCCUUGUAACUGUACGAGAUUAGCAUUGUGCUCGGAUGGGGUUGGCUUCGUUCCUUGCCUAGAAGGGCCUCAAAAGCACCCAGAUGGCUGGCUGUAUGUUUACUAAACCUGAGGAGAGACUUGAUGGAAAAUGUAUGGCCUUACACUCGGUCUUUUCUCAGAGACACUGACCAUGAAAUCGACGUAAAUGGCCUCGACGACUUUUUUACACCGCUGGGACUGUCGGUGUAGAUAACACAAACUGUAGUGAGAUGAAUUGGAUUUUGAGUGAAUUGACAGGGAUUGAG